AUGGUGACUGAAUCCCUUGAUGACUGGCAUAAUAAGGAUUCUGAAUCACCUGGUGACUGUACUGUAGAACAGAUACUUGGUGACUCUGUAAGAAUUGGUGACUCUGUAACACUUUGUGACUCUGUGAGACUUGCUGAGAAUGAAUCAGUUGAUGACUCUGUAACACUUGGUGAUUCUGUAACACUUGGUGAGAAUGAAUCGGUUGUUGACUCCGUAACACUUGGUGACUCUGUAACACUUGGUGAUUCUGUAACACUUGGGGACUUUGUAACACUUGGUGAGAAUGAAUCGGUUGUUGACUCCGUAACACUUGGUGACUCUAAUGAAUCAGUUGUUGAAUCUGUAAGACCUGAUAACUCUGUAACACUUUGUGAGAAUGAAUCAGUUGAUGAAUCUGUAACACUUGGUGACUCUGUAUCACUUCCUGAGAAUGAAUCAGUUGUUGACUCGGUAACACUUGGUGACUCUAUAACACUUGGUGACUCUGUAACACUUGGUGACUCUGUUACACUUGGUGACUCAUUAAAACUUGGUGACUCUCUAAUACUUGGUGACUCUGUAACACUUGGUGAGAAUGAAUUAGUUGUUGACUCUGUAACACUUGGUGACUCUGUAACACUUGGUGACUCUGUAACACGAGAAUGA